AUGAACUCUGCCUUCCUCCAUCCUACAAUCCGGAGAGAAGCCGAUGUCGUUCUUCCCCGCUGGUUUAACACUGUCUUCCAAAGCGGCGUUGCGGUCGUCGUUGGACUUAUCACCAUAACCUCAUCCACGUCCAUAGCCAAUAUCUACCUCUCAUAUAACAACGACCUAUCCAUCACAGAGGGUAUCAUGGCCCUGCCAUUUAGUGCCAAAAUGUAUGCUUUGGGAGUGACUUGUGCAUUGGGCCACUUGACCUUCAUCCCAUGGGUUGCCCCUCCAAUUGAACGUCUAAGGACGAACACGUCAAAGCGAGGUGGUUCUGCUGAGAUGGAAGACUGGCUGAGCGUACACAGAAUAAGAUGGGCCGUUGCUGAUUUUCCAGCCUGGGUGGCUAUCUUCCUGGCUGUUUUGACAUUCGAAGGGACCCUCUAG